AUGGUCGUCGACUCCGUGCUCCGCGGCCUAUCUCAGUCGGGCUGCAUGCAGCUUUUCCUCAUUGCCGUUGUUCUGGUCUCCAUCGUGUCGAGUUCGAGGCAGUAUCUUCGCCUUCGAAGCUUCAAGGGCCCUUUCUUUGCCAGCUUCUCCCGCUUAUGGCUUCUCCGAACAGUGGGCAGCGGCAACGCUUACUUGCAUUUUUGGAAUGUUACGCAAAAAUAUGGCUCCAUCGCUCGGAUCGGGCCUAAUGACCUAAUAACCAGCGAUCCGGAUCUUGUCAAGCACAUGUACGGUGUGCGGUCGGAGUAUCGGCGCUCCAGUUGGUAUCAUGGCAUGCGGUUCGAUCCAAGCAGAGACAACUUUCUGUCCUUGAGAAACGAAGGCGACCACAAGAAAUUGCGAGCAAAAAUGGCUGCUGGGUAUUCCGGUCGGGAGAUGCAUGACAUCGAGGCCAAAAUCGACCAAAACAUCAUACGCCUGAGGGAAUUGUUGGCCAAGUACGCAGACAAGGGAGCAGCGGUCGAUUUUGCGAAAAAGGCGCAGUAUUUCACCUUGGACGUCAUUUCGGACCUUGCCUUUAGCACACCGUUUGGCUUCGUCCAGACCGACUCCGACGUCUACAAGUACAUCGAGACGGUCGAAAGGACUCUUCCCGCGACGAUGAUGACGACGGUCGUUCCUGUUUUGGUUACCCUGCUUUCUCUACCCCUUUUCAAGCCGGCAGUUCCGUCCAUGGAUACUGAAGAAGAAGCUAGCAUCGCCAAGUCUGUGGCCGCGGAGCGUUUCGGCCCACAGAAGAAGGUCCACAAGGACAUGCUUGGAUCGUUUGUCGCUCACGGAUUGACGCAAGAAGAAGCUGAAUCGGAAAUUCUUCUCCAGAUUGUUGCAGGGUCCGACACCACAGCUACUGCCAUCCGGUCAACCCUUCUCCACAUCAUCACAACCCCACGGGUGCUGGCAAAACUGCAACGUGAAAUCGACGGCAUGGGAAUCACGACUGCCGUGAUUUCCGAUGCCAGUGCUCGCCAGAUGCCAUUUCUACAAGCAGUUAUUAAAGAAGGCCUUCGCAUAUUCCCCCCAGUCGUCGGUCUCAUGUCAAAGCAAGCACCACCAGGAGGAGACUACUGGAAGGGCGUGUUCAUUCCCGGAGGAACCCGGGUCGGCUCUUGUGCAUGGGGUAUCUUUCGUCGUGAGGACAUCUGGGGCCAAGACUCAAGGGAGUUUAGGCCCGAAAGAUGGCUGGAAAGCUCCCCCGCGGCCCUGGAGAAGAUGGAAAGUGCCUUGGACCUUAUCUUCAGUCAUGGCCGGUGGCAGUGUCUAGGGCAGUCCGUUGCACUUAUGGAGCUGAACAAGGUAUUUGUGCAGCUUCUCCACCACUUUCAAUUCUCGGUAUGCGACCCGACGAAUCCUUGGAAGAUUUUCGAUUGCGGCAUCUUUUCGCAAUCCGAGUUCUACGUGCGAGUCGAAAGGCGACAUUUGUGA